AGCAGGAGUCCUCCCAGUGAACGUGACGCGGAGCCGAAGCGAAGCGACGUUUCCUGGCGGAGCUGCGGAGGAGCAGGAGCCGAGCGGGUCCGUCUGUCCGUCCGUGUGUCUGCCUGCGAGCCGCCGCAGUCUGUCCGGGACCCGCACUCACACAGACACACACACGCAGAAGACGCCUCCUGUUUCGGGCUUCACGGUCACCGGCGGCCAUGGAUCCAGCGCUGUCCUCCUCCCGUGUUCGCCGCUGAGGGACGUUCCUCCGUCGGAUGCUCCAGUGCCCGUAGAGGAGCAGCGGGAGGAGGAGGAGGGGGCAUCCCCGUCAUUCUUCGACCACCAGGCUGACUCACCACCGGAGCGCCUGAACACAGGAGGAGGAGAAGAAGAAGAAGCAGCAGCAGAAGAAGAAGAAGAAAAAGAAGUUGGAGAGAGCGAGGGACUGUGAAACAGAGAGCAAGAAGGAAGGAGGGAGGGAGGGAGAAAGAGAGAAGGGGGGAGUAACGACUAAAAGAGGUGAGAAAGACAGAAAGCAUCAAAAGAAAAGUGAGGUUGGGUCGGCGGGACGAGAGGAAGAAGGAAAGAGAACGUGAUCGUGGCAAAGUGAGAGAAAGGCCGAGAAGCUACAGACUCAGAACAGACGGACAGAUCUGAGGUCAGGUGAGAGAGAGCGGGCGCAGGUAGGUCGGAGGUCGAGCGGUCGAGCGGUCAGACGGACAGCUGACUGAGCUUCACCCGAACCCACUGUCCCGCCGCCCCUCCAACAGCUGCCCCUUCUCGCCCACCACACUGGGAGAACUGGGAGAGCAGGCGCCCAGGAGAAGCCACCAUGAGCGACCAGAACGUCGUCAAGGAAGGCUGGGUCCAGAAAAGAGGUGAGUACAUCAAGAACUGGCGACCGCGCUACUUCCUGCUGAAGUCGGACGGCUCUUUCAUCGGCUACAAGGACAAACCACAGGACUCGGACUUGGCCUAUCCGCUCAACAACUUCUCUGUAGCAAAAUGUCAGCUGAUGAAGACGGAGCGGCCCAAGCCCAACACCUUCAUCAUCCGCUGUCUGCAGUGGACCACCGUCAUCGAGAGGACUUUUCACGUGGACACGCCCGAUGAGAGGGACGAGUGGGCCGAGGCCAUUCAGAUGGUCGCAGAGUCUCUGGCCAAACAGGAGGAGGAGGGAAUCCUGUGCAGCCCCACCUCCCAGAUCGAGAACGUCAACGAGGAGGAGAUGGACACGUCCAUCGGCCACUACAAACGAAAGACAAUGAAUGACUUUGACUAUCUGAAGCUUCUGGGCAAAGGCACUUUUGGGAAAGUCAUUCUGGUGAGAGAGAAGGCGAGCGGCACCUACUACGCCAUGAAGAUCCUGAAGAAAGAAGUCAUAAUAGCCAAGGAUGAAGUCGCUCACACACUAACAGAAAGUAGAGUAUUAAAAAAUACCCGACAUCCAUUCCUAACUUCUCUGAAGUACUCGUUCCAGACGAAGGACCGGCUGUGCUUUGUGAUGGAGUACGUCAACGGAGGAGAGCUGUUUUUCCACUUGUCAAGAGAGAGAGUUUUUUCAGAGGACCGCACCCGUUUCUACGGCGCCGAGAUCGUCUCAGCUCUAGACUACCUACAUUCUGCCAAGAUCGUUUAUCGUGAUCUGAAGCUGGAGAACCUCAUGUUGGACAAAGACGGUCACAUCAAGAUCACCGACUUCGGCCUGUGCAAAGAAGGCAUCACCGACACUGCCACCAUGAAGACAUUCUGUGGAACACCAGAAUACCUGGCUCCUGAGGUGUUGGAGGACAACGACUACGGGCGGGCGGUGGACUGGUGGGGUUUGGGCGUGGUGACGUAUGAAAUGAUGUGCGGCCGUCUGCCGUUCUACAACCAAGACCACGAGAAGCUGUUUGAGCUCAUCCUCAUGGAGGAGAUCAAGUUCCCGCGAACCCUGUCGGCCGACGCCAAGUCGCUGCUGUCGGGACUGCUCAUCAAGGACCCCAACAAACGACUGGGCGGCGGACCGGAUGACGCGAAGGAGAUCAUGCGACACAGUUUCUUUGGCACAAUCGACUGGCAGGACGUCUACGACAAGAAGCUCGUCCCACCGUUCCAGCCCCAGGUCAGCUCGGAGACGGACACGCGCUACUUCGACGAGGAGUUCACAGCACAGACCAUCACCAUCACUCCGCCGGAAAAAUACGACGAGGACGGGAUGGAUGCGGCGGACAACGAGCGAAGGCCUCAUUUCCCACAGUUCUCCUACUCAGCCAGCGGGCGGGAGUGAGCGCUCCGGCCCAGCCAGCCAGUGUCGUCCCCAUUCGUGGCCAUUUUGAGGAAAACACGUAGCCAUUUUAGGAAAAAAAGAAAAAAAGAAAACCAGUCUCCCCUCUUUUUCUCCUUCUCUGCCUCCUCGCAGACGGGGAAAAGUCUUUUUAGGGACUUUAAAAGAGGUUUUUGCACAGUGGGAGAGACUCCAGCCGGUCUCCCCACACUAAAAAAUAAGUCUCCUACAUUUUCAGCGCAAUUUACUGCAGAAGGCAAUGUUUUUGUUAUUUAUUUUUUUCUCUCCGUCAGUAUUAAGUUGUCGACCCAGGUUGCGUUCAUCUGUUUUUGUUUGUUGUUUCUGUCCUUUUCUUCCUCUUCCUCCUCUUCCUCCUCCUCCUCCUCCUCCUCCUCCUCCUCUUCCUCUUCCUCUUCCUCUUCCUCCUCCUCCUCUCCUUCUUCUUUUGACUUUUUGCACUUGGUUUGAAAGAGCCGUUUUAGGGAACAAAAAAACCAAAAAUGUUGCCUUACGUGUGCAGAUGUUUCGUAUCAUACCGACAGGGUGUUUUGUUUUUUUCUGGGAGAGGGCGGGCGGGUUCCGGGUUGUGAGGGGUCAUUCUUAGUCGAGAAUAAGUGCAUGGCUCGUGGUUCGCUCAAAAAGAAAACUACAAACAAACACAAAAAAAAGAGAUUUUCUUUCUCAUACAUUUGCCAUGGCAGCGCACAUUCCCCAAACCCAUGGCGAUGAAAAUCACUGUCUACAGAUAAAAAACAGAAAAGACGGAAAAGACGGAAAAGGAGGAAGGACGAGUCUGUAUCAUUCCUUUCAUCGUUGCAGUGUUACUACUUUGCUCUCUUGUCUUUUCUUUAACCCAUUUCUUUUCUUCUUUUUUUUAUUUUUCUUUACUUGCGCUUUACUUUUAAGUUGUUCUUUUAUUUUGAAACAGGAAACACUAAACUGCCAGAAACUGCACAGUUCACUCAGGCGCCACAGAGCACAACCGCAGACUCAGCUAACCGCUCCAGCUUUCCACAGCCGGCAGGGGAACGAGGCCUUUCUCUGCUUUCUCACCGCUUCUCCUCCACAUCCUCCUCUUCCUCCUCUUCCUCCUCUUCUUGCUCCUCUUCCUCCUCUUCGUCGUCCUCUCUUCUGUUUCCUCAUCGUAGCUGUAGGACUAGUGGAAUGGAUGUUUACACAGGGAAACGUGACUUAAUGUACGUAUGUACUGUAUGUAUGUGGGACAUGGGGGUGAACAUUAUGCUGUCAUCACACACACAGACACACACACACACACACACACACAGGAAACAGCUGUAGGUUCUCUGCACUGAUCAGACUGAAGUCUACAGUUUACUCUGAACAACUCGGAUCCGUCUUCUCAGACGUCUGUUUACACACCGUCACUCCACGCGUGUGCGUUUGUCGCCGUCGGCGUCAGUGAAGCUGCAACGCGACGUUUCAGCAGUUUCCGAUUUAUUUAUGCUACGAAGCUUUUGCUUCCUGCUCGCUGGCUGUCGUCGGAACACGUCUCCUCCGGUGAAAUCGUCUCCGUUAUAUUUUCUCUACGUUUCAGCGACGGUCCGAGUGCUGCUCUCAGAAACGGAGGAUCUUUGUGUCGCCGUCAGUUGUGUGUUAAAACCACUGACUGUGAAUAAAGAUGGACGACGCCACAAUGUUCAAUGUGCAGAGAUCACAGAUGAGAUGUGGGGCCCCUGUACAGACGAUAAUCCACAGACGCGUCUCUACGUCCUCCCACUAUUCAGAAGAGAAGCCUUCUGCGUAUAAAAUGUCUCAUAUACAAAUCGUGGCGUGGAGCCGUGGUAUCGAGGUUCCACCCGACCAAUGAGGAGUCAGUCCCAGCUGUCAAUCAUGACGUUAAAACCAAACUGAUCAGAAACACGUGAACAAACAUCAGUGAGAUAUGAACGACCUGAAAUGACAGAAACAUCUUUAAUGUCUACUCUGAUUUUUUCUGUUUAGUCCAUGUCCCAUCUGCUAACAUGGGGGAGGAGGGGUUUAUGACAUGUACAGCAGUCAGCCACCAGGGGGCGAUUGUUUGGCUUCACUUUUAGGGAUCUAUCAUGUCGUCCAUCUUUAUUUACAGUUCGUAUAGAAGUGGGAGGGACAAGACUCGAAGAGCAGAAAAACUCGGGAGUAAAUCUGAACAACGUUAAAAACAAACCAACAAAUUCACCGCGUCAUGAAUUUUCUUCUGAAAAUACUUAAAAUCUGAUGUUUGUGGAGAAAACUGUCGACUUGAUCUGAGUUAGAAUCACAUUCCUCCGGGUUCCUGCACCAGAGGCUCAGACGAAGAGUUUUACGUCUUCCACGUCUUUAAAGUUUUGACGCCCGGUGUCAUCUCGUGCUGUCGGAGAAUUUUGUUCAUGUGUUGUUUGUGCGUAAAAGUGACGAGAAACGUGAAACGCAUCGAGCCGCGAGUAAAACGUUAGAAGUCUGUGUCGGAACCCUGAGAGAAAUAUUCACACGCAAAUACACAGAUACUGUAAACAAGUAUGGAGUCAAAGGAGUGCCGUAAAAAAUAAUUCUACAGGUGUAAGAAAAUGAAUGUGGAAACAAAGAGGAACACAGAAAAGAAUAGUCAAUCGAGAAAUGUGUGAAUAUGAAUAGAAACAUUAAAUAAAUCAAUUUGUAAAUAUAAAGACAAAUAGCAAAAUCUAAAAGAAUAACUAACAUUUUCAUUUAUUGUCCCGUUUAUUUGUGUCUGUUUUAAAUAUAUCAGCAACAGGGAUAAAAUUAAGAAAUGAAGUAAAUAUAGGCAAACAUAUAUUUGAAAUUAUAUACAGAAAUGAAUAACUGAAAAUAAAUCAAUUAAAUAAUUUUUAUAUUUUGUUAUUUGUAUUUAUAUUUCUAAAUUUAUCUUAUUAAUUCCUCUUUAUAUUUUCACAUUUUAUUUCACCUGUGUAUUCUUUUAUGUAUUCCUCUUGACUUUUCCACAUAUAGUUUUUAUUUUAAUUAUUUUACACAUCGUUUUUUUAUGGCACUUCAAUGACUCCGUAUGAGAAGACUGUUUUUAGACGAUAAAUCAGAGUAAAGAAAACUUUAAUUGAUUCCACAAACAGAAAUGAGGCUUCCAGCUCAGCUCUUGUUCCGUCAGUGUUAUUCAAAAUUAAAAACUCGUUUAUACACACAAACACGUUUUAGUACAUCUGAACUGAGGGAAUCGAUAAACCACGAAUCACGUUCCAGAUCAGGAGAAGCUGAGCCGCGAGACACUCACGAAAACUGAGGACUGCCAGAAAAAAGUCGAGUCGCCCAAAACGUCUUGAUGUAAAUAUGCAAUGCCUUCGUUUUCUUUCUGUCUUUCGUGGCAUCUCGACACAAACGUGAUUUUCUUUCUCUGUGACUGAAAAACAAACCACUCUCACAUCAAUAAUUUCAGGAAGGAGAAAAGUCAAACGCCCUUCCAUUGGUUUUUAAAUUUAAUUUUUUUCUUUCUCGGGUUGAUAACUCAUCUUCGUCUGUGGAGGAUGUUUCCAUGGAGAUAAACACCGCCCCCCCCCGCCCCUUUGAAAGUGGUCUCGUCCCAAAUCGCUGUGAGAGGACGUGACUCGAACCGUGGAGUCUGCACUGUCGUUUCUGUUCCUCCCUCUUUAAAAACUAAAAAUGACAAAAAACAAAACAAGUGGGACUGUGGAUGAACGUUUUAUUUUUAUUCUUUUGCAGUGCUGGUUCCAUCAGGUCGUUCCAGUCCCAUCAUCCCUCGCUCCACCCCCUUUCCUCGUUUUGUACCAUAGUGUUUGUUUUAUUUAUGUUGGUCAUUCUACGCAGUGUUACCUUGUAUGUCGUUAAAAAAAAGGCACCUCUUGAAAGUCUGUGAAGGAGGAUGAUGAUGCUGAUGAUGAUGAUGAUGAUGAUGAUGGAUGCAUUAACUGAAGUCUCUUUUUAUUUGGUUUUAUUUUAUUUAAAAAAUUUCAUUUUGGAUCGUUUGCUUGUUUGUUUUCUUACCAAAACGUUAGGGCAAGAACCCAGUAGUGGACUUGCGUUGCCGCCGUGGUAGUAUUUAUUUUGAAUUAAAUUAAAAGAAAUACAUUUCAGGGUU